AAGCUUUUGGGGUGGUGAGCGUUCCCUCAGACAGCAUCAGAGAGCACGGUACUAAUUAAUUUGCUCUAUAGAAAAUGCUGCUAAGUGGUGCUGGAGUCGCGUGUAGCCUACUGCACUUUUCUCUGCAUGUUUAAGAGCAACAAGUGGAUUAUGGACGAGUCUAUCUGCAGCGUGACAGGGGAGAGGGGCGACUGCACCUGAACAACAGAAAGCGAAUGCUGCACCAGUCUCUCCUGCGCAGUGGGAAUGGAUACCGGCAAUUCCCUGACGGGGAUUUGCUUCAUCCUGCUGUCGCUCAAUGGAUUCAUCUCUUCCUCACCGGCGACAAUCCUUUGUCCCGAGCGCUGUGACUGUCAGCACCCGCAGCACCUCAUGUGCACCAACCGAGGGCUGCGCACUGUGCCCAAACCUGCCACGCGUGUGCCCGAGGAGUUGCUGAUCUUCAGCCUAGGGGGCAACUUCAUUGGGAACAUCUCUGCCUUUGACUUCACAUGGUAUAGUAACCUUGUACGAUUGAAUUUACAGUACAAUCAAAUACAAAGUAUUCAUCCAAAAGCAUUUGAGAAACUCUCCAAGUUAGAAGAGCUGUACUUGGGACAUAAUAUUUUAUCAAGUAUACCUGCUGGGACUUUACAAUCCCUGAAGAAAUUAACAAUUCUCUGUGGAAAUGAUAAUGACAUUAAGGAGAUCACACCAGAGCUCUUUGCUGACUUGGAUAAUCUUGUUAAACUGCGUCUGGAUGGCAACUCAAUAGAAGUUCUGCAGGACUCUGUUUUUAAAAGUUUGACCAGUCUACAUUACCUCCAUCUGGAAUUCAACAAGCUGCAGCACAUUCACAGAAACGCUUUUUCUAAACUCACCAACCUGCGCUUUCUAAACCUGGCCCACAACAAGCAGUCAGCCGUGCACAAUGCCCUAACUUUCUCCCAACUCAAAGCUCUGACAACCCUGCUGCUGUCUGAAAAUGAAAUUCAGCACGUCGGAAACCACGUGUUCCAAAAUCUGAAAAAGCUGUCCAAACUGUCCCUCAGCAACAACAGAAUCUCCCGCCUGGACAGCGGGGCUCUGAAGGGGCUGUCCAGCCUCAGAGAGCUUCUGAUUGAUGGCAACGAGCUGGAGGAAAUCCCAGCCGGUCUCCUGGACUCUCUUGAACGCAUCGAGGAGCUGGACUUCAGUCGCAACCGUAUUUCUAAAGUGGACUCUUUGGCUUUUUCCCAUCUUAAACAUCUGAGGGUAUUGAAGCUGAAGAACAACAUGCUCACCAGCCUGUCAGGAGACAUCUUUGCCCUCAACAACGUGCUUUACAACCUGGAUCUCCAGGGCAACAACUGGACGUGCGACUGUCGCCUGGAGGAGCUGAAAAGAUGGAUGACAGCUGCGCAUUCUCAGGGAAAGUUAUUGACUGUUUUUGUGCAGUGUCAUGACCCUGUAACUCUAAGGGGGAAAUAUCUGGACUAUGUGAACAGCUCCCAGCUGCAGCCCCUCGGGAACUGGACCCAUAUGUGUAGUAGCCAAGUUGGGCCAGAGGAGAGCCGAGGAGGGGGUGUGUUGGUUAAGAUGAAGGGGGAAGAGAUAGGGAAGGUGGAUGCAAUAAAGCAGGAGGAGGGAGGUGAGGAAGUCCAGGUGGAGGAAACAGGUGAAGAUCUGAGACAGGCAAACAGCUUUGGAGUUAUAAUGAAAAAAGAGGGAGAAAAGAGGAAGAGAGAAGGACAGAAGGAGGAGGAAAUCCAGGAGGACGAAGGAGGUGUGGAGGAUGCCAACCCAUCUUCUUCACCAGGAAGAAAGAAACCAAACAAAGGGCCACUCAGCCCAAGGUCACGACCUGCGGCAGAGGCUCCUGGGAAACGUGGCAAUGGUAGACGAAGGUCAAAUGUUACAUCCAGAACUGAACCAACAGCUAUUUCAACACCUACAGGAAACCAGGACAGAAACUCCACUGAUCCAAACUCAGGGCUCAUCACUGCCUCUACACUCCAGUCAGGAGAAAAGUUUGACCUUCUGAGGUCAAAUCACGAGGAGGCUCUACCAGUAAUCACAGAUCCAUGUGAGUUCAACCACCAUUAUAUCACUAAUGUGUCAGUGGAUCAAGUGACAUCCAGUACUGUCACCAUCUACUGGACUACCAGGGAUCAUCAGCGCUACUCAGGAGGACUUGGCCCAGGCCUAGAUGAAGUCCACUAUCGGAUUCAGUUUGACCGCUUUGGUACCGCAGAUCGUUUCCCCCGGUACGUUUACGCUCGCGGCACAGCUCGCUCCGUAACCCUUCGAGAACUCAGCUCAGAUGUGACCUACAUGGUGUGUGUGGAGGGAGUAGUGGGAGGAUCUGUGUGCCAGGUUGCUCCUCGUGAACAUUGCACAGGACUGGUCACUCUUCCUCAGGGGUUCAGCCGUGGAGGCAUGCUGACCUCUGACCUCGAGCUGGUGACAGUGGCCACGCUGGCUGGGAACGCCAUGCUGCUGCUGGUCAUCGGCGGCGUCUGGCUGGGGCGGAGCCUGAAGAGGAGGCUGCAGAAGAGGAAGACGGCGGUGCACGUGCGACACAUGUACUCCACCCGGCGACCGUUUCGUACCGCAGUGGCCGCCGCCUCGGUGUCAGCUGACUUCACCACCUACCAGAGCAGCCGUCCCGCACGACUUGCACCCCUGGAGGAAGGGGACCUCAUCGAGUUCCCUUGUGAUCGCUUUCUGGACAGCAGUAGUGUUCGUAGAGAUAGUGAAAUGCAGAGAUUUUCUGACUAGAGCCAUUAACAUAUCUUAAAGUGUUACACUCUAAGAUAAGAUAAGAAGUACUUUAUUGAUCCCAAUUUGGGAAAUAUUUGCGUUGCAGCAGCAUAAAAAGACAUGGAAUUGUACAUUAAAAAUUAAAAGACUAGAAAUAAACAUUCCAAAAUGUAAACAUGUCAAUUCAUCUACCACAGCAACACAGGAAUUGGGCUGCAAUCUUUGGUGUAUUUCCCUCUGUUGUUGACACACUUCCAUACUAAAAACAUUGGGUGAUUUUAUGGAUUUGAACAAACCAAGUCAACAAUCCCACUAUUUUGAGUCUUUGGUUUUUCACUUGACCGUAAGAAAACGUUUGAACUGACAAUAGAACAGCUGAGCUCAUCAGUGCCUUUUCAGACACCAGAGGAAGUACAAUCCCUCUGACUUCCUUUUCCUGCUUUGUGGCUUUCCUCUUUCAUUUCCUUGCACCUGCGAGUGUUUGUCAAAGUAAGACUUAUUGUGUGUAAGCAAGAAUGAUUGCUCACUGAUUUCGACUAAGGUGCUAACGUUGAGUUGAUAGACAUCAUAUUGUCUCCUUUUUGUACAGUAUGUAAUGAUAGCUGCUGGUGGCAGGGAAAAACACAUGUUUGUAUCACAUGUAUCAUGUUUUGUACUUUUAUAUAUAAUUCUUCAUUACACAAAGAAGUAAAGUCCCCAACAAUGUGA